CUUCAGGCAAACUCCCAAUAAACUAAUGUCAAAUUUUCAACCCAACCCGAUCCGACCGUCGACCGAUCGUAGAUCGUGGAUCUAAAAAGUAGGCUUCGGUUGGGAAAUUGUUAGGCGACCGGUUGAUUUAUUGUCUGGUGGCAUGGCAUUGGCAUAAUAAGAUUCUCUAUUACGUACUGACUGACGAGUCUAACUGCUAUAGUUUCAUUCGUUUUUCAUAAUAUCUUUUCAUAACUGAUUUAUUUGUUGGUCGUGAACUGUAGGUGUAUUUCGGCAAAAAGCUAUUUGCAAAAUCAACAUUAAGCUUCCCAGAAAGACAUACUACCUGUUGAACAGAAUAGUGGUGCUUAUUGCAUAGAUACAACCCAUUCAAAAAUGGAUUUUAAAAUGCACGAAUAUAGUCACGCUUUAGUGGGCAAAGUGACACAAGGAUCUCACCACGGGGACGGAAUAGAUUUCGAUGAUGUUCGUCGCCAACACGACUGUUACCUGAGACUCCUUAGAGAAUUAAAUGUGGAAGUAGUUGAAGUAGAUUUGCAAGGGACACUGCAUGAAAAAGUAUUGGUAGAAGACCUGGCUAUUAUUUGCCAUGGAAUCGCCUUGCUGCCAAAGAGCAGUUCUACAAUCGAAGCCCACAAUACAAAAGUUCUAAAAGAAAUCUUAACAAAAGAUUUGGGACAAACGGUUAUUGACAGCAUUGAUCCCGAGGCAAGCAUUAGCUGUUCUGAUGUCCUGUUUACAGGCCGUGAGUUCUUUGUCGGUAUAUCUAAUAAUACAAAUGAAGCUGGAGCAAGUGCGGUCGCUGAAGCGUUUCCUGAGUUUCCCUGCACUCCUAUCAAGAUCUCUAAAGGAGCCAAAGAACUGAAGAAAUACAUCACUGUGGCUGGGCCAGAUAUUCUGUGCGUAAGUGCUAGUAAAGAGGCAAAAGAGUUGCUGAAACGGAUUGAGCGUGAAGCCAACUACCCUUAUCAGACCCUGACAGUUCCAGAGGAUGAAGCAGCCAAUUGCCUUUAUGUUAAUGGCACCCUUAUUCACAGAGCUAUUGAGGAAAUACCUGAAGCAUUUAAAGUGUUCUGCGAAAAGAUCGACUUCGCCCGAAGAUCAAUUUGUUUUUCUGAACUCGCAAAGUUGCCGGCUGGAUUAAGUUCGUGCAGUCUGCUGGUGAGGAAGCCUUAAAUACGGGGAAAGCAAUCGGUAUUCGUAAAGUUGUUUGCAUCUGGUGAUAGUAGCAUUGUCCUCUCGAAAUAGUAGAUAAUAUCAGCAUACAUAUAUAGUGUUAUGAAGCAAGCACUGCCAAGAUCUGCGCAUAUUGUUGAAGUUUACGUAUAAAUUUAAAAGGUAACUAAUUAAUAGAUAAAGGCGAUUAGAAUCAAAAAAAUAUGGCUGCAAGAACUUAAUAUGUAAGCACCUAAUGUCUACUAUCAUCUGAUGUAAAAGAAAAAGAAAAAGUAAAAGGCAAUGCCUAUGUGUUCAAAAGUAAUACCAAUGUCAUGCAUAAACUAGCUUCUGGUUAUGAAAAUAGUGCUUCUGUAAUUUUGUUAAUCUUUGUAUUUUAGUUCGUUGCAUAAAAUAGACAGGGUACAUUUCCGUGCAAGUUUAAGACCAAAAAUUGCGUCAAGAUGCGACAUCAGUAAGAGGAUGAAAAUUUAUUUAUUAAAUAAUCAAGUGUAGGUCCUAAAGCAAUCCCAUUGUAAUGAAGCUUAGUUAGCUUAGUUAAAUUGUUUGUUUAGAAGUUUUACACAUCUGUAUAGGCUCUAACCGACGUGACGGUGUGGCAUAAACCGUGCGGACGUUAUUAAUGGAAAUGUACCUUAUGAAAAGUCAUAUAAAACCAAGUAAACUCAAUUAAUGAAAAACGCUUAAGCUUACCAGAACAUGUAGCAUAAAGAGUUAAUGUUCUCAAAAAUAUCUAUGUUUAUGAUUAUUUAUUUUCUAUAACUGAAUGAGAGUGAAAGCCCAGCUUAAAACUUCCUUAAUUGUUGCUUUUUUUGUAAAAUUAUAUACACACACUUAUACCAUUUCUAAUGGUGUGUGUUUGGUCAGCGGUUAAAGAUUGCCGCAAAGAGUAUCUAUUGUUUGGUGACAAUUUAAUGAAGCGGACUUUCUGCCCACACAUUAUUUGAACUAUUUGUUCAAAUUCAAAAUUGCCAAAUUCUUUUAUCUUAAAUAUUCUAUUCUUCUAAAGACUUAUUUCAUUUCCCAUAUUUAAAACAAAGUUUCGUUUAACACCGACUACAAGCAUUUAAUUAUUUAAGGAAAAAAAGUGAGUUCGUGUCUAAAAGUCAGUGCUUACAAAAGUUUUCUUGUAAAAUAUUUAUUUAUUCCUUUUUUUCCACUUUACCUCAAUAACUUAUUAUUUCCAACACAUGCAUAAUAUAGCAGUAUUUAUAGAUUAAGGUUAUCACAAACUGCUUAGUGAAAGCUUUUAUUGUUGACCGACUAAGCAAAGAGGUUUCAACUCAUUAGAAUCUUCAUGUUUAUAUUUGUACCUGUAACAUGUAUUAUGUAGCCUCACUAUAAUGUGGGUUAUUAUAAGAUUAAAAUAUAUCGGUACUAUUAUACAUAAACGUACAAUGAUAAUAUUAUAACCUAAAUUGGUUUUAAUCAGUGUUGUGAACAAAACGAAUCUCGUUUUCAACGACCUUCAAAAAGGAGGUUGUCGUUAUUAUCUAGGUGUUUAUGAACCUCUAUAUUUUUUUUUCUUUUGUGUGAUUAUUUAGAGAAUCAAGUGUGCAAGUCUUUGUAGUUUAAAUUAGCCAAGUUUCUUAAUGUUUUUCCUUUAAGACUAUUGAACUAAAACGUGUAGUUUUAGGACUCCCUCAUAGAAUUUGUGUAUAUUUAACUGAAUACAACCAUUCCCUUAGCUUCAAGACUGAAUUUACAACGCUUUUAGAGCAUUAUUAUUAGGGCCAAGCAGUUGAUUGUAAUUGUUGUGACGACACUUGAGCCCAGCGCCUGAGCAUAUAGACUAAAUACAAAACGUACAAAAUAUUAUCCCAAACUAAGGGAGGCAAAGGUGUUUAGUACAAAUGUAAGAGUUUAUUAAAUACCCGUGACCUAUAGAUAUUCUUAAUGUUUCCUUUUCUAAAUAUUGAGAUUAAAUCCUCAAAUACUUGCUGUCUUCCAACAAAACAAAAUGUGCUGUUGGUUUUUGAGCUUCUUCAGUCUUUUUCACGGAAGCCUGUGAUUAUGAAUCUUCUUGGUAACUAGAAAAAAUAACAACGGAAAUAUCUAUUGUAAAAUACUUUUACUUUUCAUGAAAUACUAUCGGACGUAUUCAAAAACUAUAAAAGUGUUACUGUCAAGUGGAAUGACAGACAUCAAGUUACGAGUGUAUAUAUAUGACAUAUGACGUCAUAGGUCAUGGUUAUGGCUAUAUACAUAAUUUCUUAAUUGAAUGCGCUCGUAGAGUUCAAUGAUAACAUUCUCUAUUCUACUUAUUCCCUACGAUUUUUAUCAGCUGUUUCGGGUCAUUCCACAAUCUAAACCCUAAUAUUCCAAACUUUGUAUUCCUUAUGACAUUCCCCUUUUAGAUAAUAGGUGUUUUGUUUUCUUUCAAAGUUUUCAAGUUUUUGUUGUAAUAAUUCAUAGAAAAUAUGAUAAGUGAUCUUAUAAUCUCAUGUUAUUAAAAUUGUAAUCAAAUGUGUUUAAAAUUAUAUGUUGUUAUGUGGAUUCACAGUAUGCAGUAUUAAUACAUAGUAAGUGAGAAUAUUAGUGAAAAAGCCGGUCAAGUGCGAGUCGGACUCUGGCACUGAAACCUCAGUCAUAAGUCAUCGUACGAGUAGAUUAAACGAAAAUAAUAUUUGAAAAAAAAAUGUCGUUCUUUAAGUUCCUGACUGUACCAAUUGCUGCCUAAUCUUCUUUUUUUCGGCAACAGAAAUUGAAUGAUUUAAACUCUAGCUAUGACGGAUCACCAGAACAGAAUUAAACAGAGCAAAAUAAACCAUGUUGGCUACGGCGGCCAAUCAUACUGGGUCCCGCCAAAGGACGCUUAAUAGAAUAGUCAUAUAACACAGUAUAACACGGACAAAAGACCUUUGUGUGGGGGUUGUUCUUUUUAUCGAGACAAUUUGAGACUAUUGUAUGAUAUGAAAAUACAUGUGAAUCCAUAUAAUUUUCUUUUUUCGAUAUUGUAAUCAAAUUCGUAAGACAAUGUUGCGUCAUAUUUACUUGAAAAAUUAUUUAUUAUAAUAUAUUCUUUAUAAAAUGUAAUAUAUCCAUUGUUAAAUGUUGGAAUACACAUAAAAUAUCUUGUUUUCGUCAUUUAAUUAAGUAUAGUGAUUAAUAUUGUUACUUUGAUGAUAAAAUCACAACUUUUGCAUUUUAUUAUUUGGUUUUGCAAACAUUCUUAGAUGUAACAUAUUAUGGAUGUGUAUUUAUUUGUAAUACCUGAUAUUUAGUCUGAAUAAGACAUAUUAUUAUCUACAUAUUUAUUAAUAUAAUUAUGUAGUCUUUGGUUUAAAUCCUCAAGUCUGACCUGUCGUUUUAUCUUAAAUGUUGAGCAAUAAGAACUAUUUAAUCACAUGUAUUUAUAGAAUAUUUCAAUAAUUACAAAUGUAUGAACUAUUUCUGUAGUCUUAGUAUGUAUUAUGUAUUAAAUAUUUGCCCCAUUCUUAGUCUAUGAAGUAUUUUGUACGUGUUCAUAAUAUAUUCGCUAUUUACAGGAAAGUAUAAUAAUGUUAAAACAUUCUGAAUUUUAAGAUUUUAUAUCCUUCAUCACUAACUACUUCAAAAUCUUAUUCUUUGAAAUAACUUGUAUGACAAUAAAUGAAUUAAAGCUGGCAGUUGACAAUACAUAAACUAAAUUAAUAUAUUGAAUUGCAGUGUAAAGGUUUUCGUAUUAAUAUUGUGAAAGUGAACUUAAUAUCCAUGUGCAAAAGAUUCAUUUUUUAUUAUAAUAAUAUUGUGAAGUAAUUUGAAACCCUUUUUACAAUGUGGAUUUUUGUGAUUUCAAAAGUAUACUAACAUUUAAAUUUGUUUUGGCGUCGCGCCCUCUAUUCUGUAACUCUUGCGGCUAAAACCAAGGGAACUUUCAUCGUAAAUUCGCACACAUGCUAAAGCUGUGUUUAUUUGUUAUUAAUUUAUUAUUCUAUGCACAAUCAUUCCUUGACUCUCUAGUAUUAAUGUAUUAUGUAGAUCUGAUGUAAUAAUAUGAUUAUUUAAUUCUCUUCUUAUGUAUUAAUAAGCUGUAUAUGCGUUUAUCUUAUCUAAUGAUUUUAAAUGCGAGUAUCUCUCCAAUGUGGCACUCGUUAAAGUAUAUUUCAUUAUAAUUAACAACUAAUAUGUUUUAUACAUUGUGCUUAAGGCUUACUGCCCCUUCUUAAAACGAAACCUAUAGUCGUUUUGGAAGUGAGACGAUACUACAAUUGUUGUCUCUCUUUCACAAGUAAGUAAAUCAAGUCAAGAGAGGAUAAGAGGUCAACUUGCAUUUAAAAAAACAUCUCAUAAAAAAGUCUUAUUAGAUACUGAUACUUGUGGUAAAAACAGGUAAAAUAAAACAAAGAAAUCGUCUGCGCGCUUAAUAUUGAUCUUGAAUAGUACUUUUACAUUUGUAGAAAAGAGAUGGCGCUACCUGUACCUUAGUGCUUCAUCUCUUACACAACUGUACUGGUCCUAAUUUGAGAGCUCUUGGUCCAGGCUUCGCGCUUAGCGUUCAGCAAAGUUUUGCCUGCAGGUUAAAUCCUCGUGUAUUACGACGAUAAAGAAAUCAGUGUUGUGUAUUUUAUACCUAAAAUAUGGAUGUGAUUGCAUGUUAGAUUUGAAAUAAAUUAUGUACCUAUGUACUUUGA